AUGAAUGUGCAAGAACUACGUAGGUGGGUGAAUGGGAAGAAGAGACUGUUCAUCGGGCGACCGCUGCCGACCCGAGGCUUGCCUUUAUCAGCUGAGGCUGCUGCGCUUUGCAUGCUGCCACAACAUGGGCUAAAGGACAUUGUUCCUCAAUGGCUAGAGGACGUGGGAAAUGCCGAUACGACCCUCUAUUUGACAGCAAAGAUUUUGGCCGGAGGCGAGAUUGAUCAGUUCAUUGUGGCUCUGGAGGCUCUUGUUGAUGAUGCUGCAAGGCAAGCCGGCGUGGAGAGAAAGAAAGACAUCAAGCCGAUCGAAUGGUUCACCGAAAUUGGCAGGAGAGAGCCUAGACCAGAUAUCCCUGUGGUAAAGGACGCGUAUGUGGGCGCUUUUCCACGACUCCGAUUUUCCCCAAAAGUCCGCCGUCGCUUUGUCGAUCUCGAAAAAUGUCAAGAUGUGGAGCACCUUGCUCCUACCACAGAAAGAAAAUGGCCAAACAAGCUCGUUGACUGGCCAGCUGCAGUCAUUGCCGGACAUCCGAUUGUUAAAGAACCUGCCCGAGACUUACGUAUCAAGCAGAAUGAGGCAGAAAAGGCCACCCCAGAGGGCGUGAUUGAGAAGCAUGUGCCUUCGCAGGCCCAGCUAAGGCGACGGAUGACCUCACCUGUGGCAAACGAAACUCGAGUUAACAACGCCAGGAAGAGGAAGAGGAGUCCCGAGCAGCGCUACGGUGACGCUCGUACCGAUGAAGUGUCAUCAGCAGAUGUCAGCGCGAAGAGGUUGCCCGUUAACCAACAGCAUCACAUCUCAAGAGUGCCUGGGAAACCUCACGGAGAUCAACCCGAGACAAUUGGCAAGCAUGGAUCCGUCGCCUCAGUGUUGAGCUAUUGA